AUGGAGCAAACCAUGGAACCUUAGUUCACCACCCACUGUGCACUGGGGGAGGGUAGUGCUCGUACGCCUGUCAGGGUAAGACCCUGGCAGCUCGAGCCCCACCCCCACAUUCUGCCCGUCCAUGUUCGACAGUUGCAGCAACGACACCGCGAAGAGCCACCUCGCGACGAUUCCGCCCCAAACCACGCACCACCACCACAAAUCCUACCACCACAGUCAUGGCAGAGGAAAAGCAACCGCCAGGCCUCGUCGAGGGCGCCACCGGCGAAGUCGAGGAAGAAGUCCAGGACAAGGCAAAGUCCGCCGAGGACCGCAAGGCCGCCGCCGCCCUGUCCAAGCUCGAUGCGAGGGACGACGACGUCACCGGCGCCUCGGUCGACUCCGAGGGCCUCAGCAAGGCCAUGAAUAAGCUCAGCGUGUCGAAGACGGCCGAGAACAAGGACGUCAAGAAGGUCAAGGUCGACGCGGCCGACGUCACCCUGCUGGUGGACGAGCUGGACCUGACAAAGCCAAAGGCUACCGAGCUGCUUAAGCAGCACGAGGGUGACGCGGUCAAGGCUAUGAGGGCUUUCAUUGCGGUGAAGUGAUUGGGCAACAUUGCUCGCGCAUAGAGAUUCUGCAUCGGGACGGCGUUAGGUUGUGCUAGGUACACCGUGAGAGGCAAGCGCGGCCGGCCAGAUUAUGAAAAGUUAUACUAGAUGAUGGUAUAUGUCUUGUGUCAAAAUAGUGCGACCGAGACGGGCUUCGAGGGCCCCCGAGGGUUGGGCGGGCGCUGCUGGAAUCCAUUCGCCUGGGACGACGCUGGGAUAUAUUGGAUGAGUAUGUGUGCCUAGAAAACUCAACAUGUGUCAAGGUCGUUCCUUCGACGCUCGAGCUAUCUUUCCCACACGAGCAAGAGGAAUUUCGCGAUGACAGGACCUGCCCGUUCACUUUAAACACCAAAGCUCUGCUCUCAAUCGUAUCACGCCGGCCACUGCAUUCUAAACUCGAGAGAGAUGUGCUUUGGCCAGCAAGACCAAGUCUGUGGUUAAAUUUGGCCUCGAAACCAGUUGUCAGGCAGC